CCAACGCCCUCGGGCGGGGAGCUGCGCUCCGUGUCACGGUGUCCCCGGGCAGCGCCGGGGCGGCUCCUGACGGGCGCGGUGCCUCGCGGCACGUUCACAUCUGCGCCAGCGCAAUUUUAUGUGAUUAAAUCCUCUUUGGCGGACAGCGCUCUUAUUCAGCGUUCCUUCUUUCCUCUUUUUUUUGGGAGUGCCCCUAUGGCUCCUUGACCACAGAGCAUCCAGAGCUUCCUGAAGAAAACUUAGUUUCUCGUGCACUUUUCUACCCACACAUGAGCACUUUAUCACACACACCGUAUAAAAACACAGUAUGAUAAAAAUCAAAUUUAUUGUAACGAGAGUAUGGAAUAUUUUCCAUAAAAAUACUGAAUAACGCUAGAAUACUAACCCAGACACAACGGUAACGCUUCUGUAAGAAAAAGUAGUGUAGCAAUAGUUACAGUAGUGUAUUUUUAUCAGUCAUUAGCAGGAAAAUCUGUUUGGAGCGAGUGCAGGCACAGCGAAGGAAAGGAAAGCAAUCCGCGCGGCUUAGUCUGAUAAUCCUCUGAAAGCAAAUUGGCCCUACUCUAAUCAACAUAGUGGUAGGAGGAAAAAGUGAAAUCAUUUCACUUCCCGGAUGAAAAAUGCCAAACGCCGGGGAGCGUCCUUGCAGGUCCCAGCAGAGUGGUAGUUUCUGUUUGAUAUAUGCCUCUUAUUCUGCUCAUUCAGUUUCUUUUAUAUUUAUAUUUACUAAGAACAACAAAAAAUACCAAGCCUGCUUUAGUUAAUGAAGCCCAGUUUCACCUGGCUCGCCCUGUUGUGAUAGUCCAGCUCCAGACCUUACCGGCGCUGCCCUUAGAGGAGCUACGCGGUAAGGUUACUUUUAGCACUUUAAAGGCCUAAGGCCGGCUGUUGCCUCCUUAGGUUUGGCCGUUCAGACCCCACACGGGAAUACGGGGGGACGCGCUCCAACGUUACCUUUCUUCCCCGGGUGUCGCUGUGUUUGGAAGCGGGCUGCUUUUAGCCAUACUACUGCAUUCUGUUCCAGUUUUCCAGAGCUCCCUAAUCUCCUUCCAGGUUCUUAAUGAUGUGUUCGGUAAUAGGAUUGUCGGUAUUAAUUUGGAACAGUAAUGCCAGCUGCUUGCUCGGUGGCCAUUGGCAGAGGGGUGACCUUGCGGGCCAGCUACGCGGCGCUGCGCGUGCUUUGAUCUGAUCUGUGCAGAGCCGGCGCGGUGCCCUCCGGCCGGAGGAGCUGGCGAACCCUCGCCCCGGGGGAUGCUGAUUCUUCCCCGGGGAGCACCCAGGGCAGCAUGGCGGUGGCUUUCGACGCAGUCCUCGCUCGGGUCAAGGAUGUCUGUAAAAGGAAUGGGUUGCUCAUUCUCUCGGUGCUGUCGGUCACGGUGGGCUGUCUUCUCGGCUUCUUCCUGCGGACGAGGCGGCUCUCCCAGCAGGAAAUUAGUUAUUUCCAGUUCCCUGGUGAAUUACUGAUGAGGAUGCUGAAAAUGUUGAUUCUCCCACUGGUUGUCUCAAGCUUAAUGUCUGGGCUAGCAGCCCUGGAUGCCAAGACUUCUAGUCGAUUAGGUAUCAUAACCAUCACUUACUAUCUGUGGACAACGUUUGUGGCUGUGAUUGUGGGAAUAAUUAUGGUCUCCAUCAUCCAUCCUGGUGGAGCAGCACAGAAGGAAAGCACUGAAGAGAGUGGAAAGCAAAUCAUGAGCUCUGCAGAUGCACUGCUAGACCUAAUCCGGAACAUGUUUCCAGCCAAUCUUGUUGAGGCCACAUUCAAACAGUAUCGCACCAAGACUAUUCCCAUCGUUAAAUCCAGCAAAGCGUCACCUGAAAGUACCACUCGUCGUAUUAUAAUAUAUGGAGUUCAGGAUGAGAAUGGAUCCAAUGUCCAGAAUUUUGCCUUGGAUAUCACUCCCCCUCCUGAAGUGAUUUACAAAUCAGAACCUGGCACUAGUGAUGGCAUGAAUGUGCUAGGGAUCGUGAUAUUCUCUGCAACAAUGGGAAUAAUGCUGGGAAGAAUGGGAAACAGUGGUGUUCCUUUGGUCAGUUUUUGUCAGUGUUUAAAUGAAUCUGUCAUGAAGAUAGUGGCUGUUGCUGUUUGGUAUUUUCCAUUCGGAAUAGUGUUCCUAAUUGCUGGCAAAAUCUUAGAAAUGGAUGACCCUUCAGCCAUUGGAAAGAAGCUGGGUUUCUACGCCAUUACCGUGGUGUGUGGCCUGGUCGUGCAUGGGCUGUUUAUUCUGCCGAUGAUGUACUUCUUUAUCACCAAGAAGAAUCCCAUUGUCUUCAUCAGAGGGAUUCUCCAGGCCUUGCUCAUUGCUCUGGCCACGUCCUCCAGUUCAGCCACCCUGCCUAUCACUUUCAAGUGCUUGUUGGAGAAUAACCACGUGGACAGGAGGAUUGCGAGGUUUGUGCUGCCUGUGGGAGCCACCAUCAACAUGGAUGGGACCGCGCUCUACGAAGCGGUGGCAGCCAUCUUCAUCGCGCAAGUAAACAAUUAUGAACUGGACUUUGGGCAGAUUAUUACUAUAAGCAUCACAGCGACCGCCGCCAGCAUAGGUGCCGCAGGUAUCCCGCAGGCUGGGCUCGUGACGAUGGUCAUCGUUCUGACCUCCGUUGGACUCCCCACGGACGACAUCACGCUAAUUAUUGCGGUCGACUGGGCGCUAGACAGGUUUAGAACGAUGAUCAACGUCCUGGGAGAUGCCCUGGCGGCUGGGAUCAUGGCCCACAUCUGCCGGAAGGAGUUCGUCAAGGACGGGGACGAGGUGCCGUUGAUCUGUGAACCUAAGCCUCUCAACGUCCAGCAGAUUGUGGCUUGCCAGCGAAACGGCUGCGUGAAGACCAUGGAUGAAUCUCACGGACCAGAAACAGGGAAGGGGCUUCAGCACCACAUACCUGUGCAGGUGGAGCAAGAAGAGAGUCCAGUGGAGAAUCACACGAAGAAAUCCAGCAGUAAGGACCACUGCACUAUCGAAAUAAAUGAACUAGAAACGAAUGUGUAACUGCUGCACUCGGUGGGAUCUCAUACGCAGUGACCUGAUACCCAGUCUCUACCUCACAGCUGGAAGAGGGACUCUUUGCCUUGAACAGAAAACUGUGGCAUUACGGCCACUCUGCUCGUACCGGAGCUAGGCGACCAGCUGUGAACGUCAGGAAAGGCACACGGCUUGCGAGAGACACGGGCUUCUUUAGGUGGAAGGUUUUAAUACUGAGACAUUAACUCAUGGACAACUUCUCUUUUACCUCUGCACAAACUUAUUUGACUCCAAAUGUAGUAUUUGACAUUCCUUUUGCUUUUUUUAUUUUUUUUUUAUUUGACCCUUUUUGAUUUUCUAAAAAAGCCUUCUUUUUUUGUGAAUCUCAGUAAUUACGAACACGGUAUUUAUACAGAUUUUCCGCUGUGUGAAAACAUUUCACCAAAAUUGCUGAAGAUGCUAAUUUUGUCUAAUAUUUGCUAAAUAAAGAGUUCGUGCUUAGUUUUAGGAGAGCAGUAAGAAAAAAUCAUGCUGAUUUCCUGAUCUCAAGGUUUUAUAUGUAUUACUAAGUAACACUUCAAAUGGAGGGGACGCAAAAUACUCAUUUUUGCAAGAAAACACGUUAAGUUAUUUCUGAUGGGCAGCCUUCAGAGACAGGCACUCACGUGUGAUAGGUAACAGAGAAUCCCUAGGCCAUUGCAGAGCACAGUUUGCCUUCCAAGUGCCAGAUUUAUUAACCUUUUUUUAACCUAACUCUUCAGUAGAGUCAGUACCAUGUACACGCGGUGGCAGAGGCAAUGUUGACCCUAAUCCACGAGCACUGGUGCUAACGUGUCCCCUCCUGUGCCCUGUAGGCUGUUGUACUGUAAGUAUGUGUAAACUCAAAGCUCAAGCUCUUGAACCAUAUGCUCCAUCCUAAAGGCAGACUGAUCACAAGCUGGAAGCUAAGGCUGAUGAGUAAUAUUUGGGUUUUGUGGGGAGUUUGCUGUGGAAACCGGCCCAUUAUUUUUCAUAAUUCAGUACAUUGAAAUUACUUUCUUUCAACUGUCUGCUGAAUCUUUCAGUUACAAUAACAUCUGCUGAGUUUGUUUCCAAUGUCUGUGAUAGAGAACAUUUUUAAUAAACUUGCCACUGCAAAAACAGCCUGUCUGUGCACUUC